AAGGAUAUUAUAAUAUUGUAUUUGCACACCCUGAGUCGCUUGUUUCCUGUUUAUAUGGACGAAGAUUGAUGCGAAGCAUUGUGUAUCAAAAGAACGUUUGUGCUAUUGUUGUUGAUGAGUCCCAUUGCAUUUUAGAAUGGGGUAAAGAUUUCAGAGUGGAUUAUGGAAAUCUGGGUGCCUUGUGUGCCACAUUUUCAAAUGUACCUGUCAUAGCCAUGACUGCAACAGCAAACCGAUAUGAUAGGGAUUGUAUCAAAAAAUCCCUGGGCUUAAAAACAUGUGUGGAAAUCAUUGGCAAUCCUGAUCGCAUGAACAUAACAUACAAAAAGCAUUUCAGAACUGGACCAGAUAUUGAUUCUCUCACAGAAAUCCUUACUCCUAUAGCUGAAGGUUUGAAAAAACAGCAGAUGUGCUAUCCUUUGACAAUAAUCUACAUCCCCUUGAAGUGGUGCGGGUUUGCAUAUAAACUGUUUGAAUUUGUUCUGGGAUGUGAUCAAUAUUAUCCCAAGGGAGGCAGACCAAUUCCUGAAAACAGAUUAUUUGCACAGUUUCAUUCGCCUCAAACUAAGGAGAUGAAGGAUGAAGUCUUGAAGCAGUUGACAUGUGCUACAGGAAGCACAAUCAGGGUUGUAUUUGCAACAGUAGCCUUGGGGAUGGGUGUUGAUAUCAAAGGCAUCAGAAGUGUUGUGCAUAUCACUCCACCAUACACAAUACAAGCGUAUGUUCAGGAAACUGGAAGAGCUGGGAGAGAUGGAAACCAUGCAACUGCAGUCCUAUAUUACAAUAAUCGGGAUGUUGCAAAAAACAAACCGGGGAUGCAAGAAGAUAUUCGAGUUUAUUGUCAAAACAGAGGCACAUGUCUCAGAUAUAUGUUGCUGAAAUCAAUGGACACAGAUGAAAGGUACAUUAAACCACUUUCUCCCAAACACUUCUGUUGUAGUGUUUGUGGUGAAGAAUGUGAUUGUGCUAGUUGCACUUCAUAGAUCCUAUUUAAGAACAAAUAUAAAUAACAUAUGUAGUGCUGUGAAACAUAAUGUACAUAUUGAUUAAGAAAGGAACAUCUUGACUAAACUACAUACAGUUUACCAAUGCAUUAAAAAGAACAAAACAAGAGACUCUCCAAAGAUGGUUAACAUUUUUAUAUGGUUUUUUUACUAACUUACAGUUGCCUGAUGAUGACUGAAA